AUUUACACUCCUGCACAACUUCUGAUGCCACCUAAGCCCGCUGUCGCUGCCGAUAGGCUCAAGAAGGAGCUCGCAGCCCAGAAAGCUCGAGCUGAAGCGCUCAAGUACCUCCACUCAACUGGAAGCGGUCCCAGCCAACGUGAAUUGGCUCAGCAACAGCAGCUCCGACAGAAACAAACAGCCAAUGCCACAUCCGCAGUGGCUCAACGCCGCGUGAUUGGUGCGCAACCAAAGCCGUCAGCGGCCGACAAGUUCGAUCCUCGAGUGAGAGACAACACACUGCAUGCAGUAGCAUUGAGACGAGCGCAGGAGCUACAGAAGGCACAUCAGAUCGAGCAGAAGGUGGAAAGUUACCGAUUGGAGUCGAAAACGACAACGGAACAAUCCAAUGCGCUGCCCCCAGGGUGGCAGGAGGUGGUGGAUCCGGCGUCGGGAGAUUCAUACUAUUGGAACGAGACGACCAACGAGACAGUGUGGGAGCGACCUGGGAGUUCGGCUGUGAAGAAGGUGGAAACUGCUGAGCCUAAGACGACGGCGGACAGCUUGGCAGAUGGAUGGGAAGAAGUACCCGAUGCCGCGAGUGGGGAUGUUUACUACUGGAAUCGAAAGACGAACGAGACGACGUGGACACAGCCAGUUGCACGGAGUGUGUCUUUAGGUGAGAGGCACAGGGAGCUCUUCUUGAACGCAAUUGCACUCUAACGUUCACUUCUGGAUGUCAGCGCAAGCUAUUGAGGCGAAAGCGAAACUCGACAGCAUCCUGAAAGGCUGUGGACAUUCGGUGGCCAAGACAAAAACAAGCACAAAUUCUGCGUCAGAUGCAAAACCAAACAGUGACCAAACCACCUCAGCCAAGAAGCGACCUGCAUCAAGGACACAAAACAACGCAAUCUCACAAGGACACCGUGACAAAAGGCGUAAGCGUGACGACGGUGUUAUCGACCCGAUGGACCCGACAGGUACAGGUGGAAAAUGGUCCGACGGGCUAGAACAAGCGUAGACAUCCGACGACAAUUACCACGAUCCGAUAGAUAGAUGUUGCCGUGCAACAUACGAUUCGAGGCUAUAACGACACUUGUUUUUUCUGAUGUGUUGCCAACUGUAGGCUUGAGUUAUGACACUUGUUGUAGGCUGAAUCGUGACGUGUAGAAUGAAUAUGCAAGAUGCUGGAGCCUUCCUUCCGUGUAACCAAAAGUUUUCUCUUGGCCCCCGCAGAUGC